AUGGCAGCCCAGGGGACCCAAGAGGCCAGAGCCGAGCAGAGAGAAGAGAAACCUGAGAAGCCCACAGACCCCAAGGGAAAACUUGACAGAAAGAUUCAGAGCCAGCCUGUCUUAGAACCAGAUGGUGAAAAGGCAGUGAAGAAAGUUAAGAAAGAGAAGAACAACACAGAUGGUGAGAAAGUUGCCACUGCAGUGAAGGCAAAGGCAGUGCCGCCAAAGACAGAGAGUUCAGGGUCUGCAGAUACAGCUCGAGCAGUCCAGGAUUGCUUGAGAAGACCAUCCACCAAGGACAUAGUGCCUCCUGAGACACCUCGGCAGACCCAGCCCAAGAAUACCUCUUCCUGUCCCAGCCAACCAGAAAAGGCGAAGAAGAACCCCGGCCCCGCAGAGAAGACGAAGGACGACACGAAGGAUACGAAGCAGGGUGAUACGAAGGAGAAGGAAAAGGAUGAACUGAAGGACAAGGAUGAAAAGAAAAAGGAUAAACCUGAGGUUGUCAAAGUGAGUCCAGGGGGUUCAAAUGGUGGUGGUCCAGCACCUGCAGGCAAAAAGCCUCCAAGCCCACCUGGCAGUCCCGACCAUUCUGACGAUGAAGAUUCUUCAGAAGACUCUGAGGAAAGGAAGAAAGACGAAUUGGCACGAGUCAAGCGGGAAGCACAUGCGCGCUAUAUGCGCUUUUCCCGUUCUCUCCGCAGUCGCUUGGUUUAUCUUUCUGGGGCCCCAAAACUCCAGUUGAGAUACGCCGGGCUGGCAGGGCGGCGUUCAGAGAUUCAGGGAUGCUCCAAAUUCUCCAAGAACAGUGGACGUCCAGCAGUGGCAGCUACAGACCCUGAGAUUUGCAAGACCCAUGUGCGACCAAAUCCUGACCUCCAUGGUUUGGACACUGAUGAGACUCGCCAGUACUUGAUCUGGGAUCGCGAUGGAACUGAAGAAACUGUUGACCAUGUCACGACGAGCCUUUUCGAGGCAGCAGAAAUCGAUGAGCCACAAAGAGGCCGCUCCAGGACCAAGGGAAAGAAAGGGAAGAAGGCCAAAAAGGAUGCAGGCAAAAGCAAGAAGAAAAGGAAAGUUUCUUCGUCAAGCUCUGACCGUGACAGCAGUGACUCCAGCUCCAAGACGUCCAGCGACUCAAGUUCGUCUUCCCAGGGAAAGAAGAAAUCAAAGAAAAACAACAAGAAGACUGCCAAACAGGCAAAGAAGUCGAAGGCUGCUAAGGAUGCUAAGGGCAAGAAAGGUGCAAAGAAAUCCAAGUCAAAGUCUGAGUCUGAAUCUGAAGAACGAGAAACCUCUGAACAGCGAAGGAAGCGUGAGGAAAAGGAAGCAGAUGAAGAAAAGAAGAAAGAAGUAAAGGCAAAAGAAAAGGCAACGAAAGAUGCGUUCAAGAAAGACGUGCGAAAGGGGAAUCAGGCUCUGUCCAAGAUCAAUGCCCAGAUUGCCAAAGCUUCGACCCUCGAUGACAAACUUCGAAACAUGAGUUCAUCAGUGGUGACGGCAAUCAUGGCGGAAGUCAAGCCCCAUCUUGCAAAGAUGAAGGGCGAUCGCAACAAGUUGCAGAAAUCUGUUGAUGCUGCGAAGGUGGAUUCGCUGGGGACGCUUCUGGAAGACGCAAAAUCCUGUGAGGUCCUCGAGAUCCAAUCACCCUUCAUGGCCACAUGGACGAUGUGGCAGCUGGCGUCCUUUGGCUCAAUCAUGGGCGACUUCAAUCAAGAAGGUGAUGGUUCGAAUGUGGAGAUGCUUGCCACCCUGAUGUUGUUGCGCUUGGCAGCCGCUCUGGAAAGAAUGACCCCCGUGUUCAAGAAUCGAACUUUGAACGCUGUAUGGAAACGCAUUGUUUGGUCUCUAGAAGCUGCAUUUCAAGGACUUCACCCUACCGCUAGGGUCCUGCUGGCUGAAGAGCUCCAAUAUUUUGGUGCUGGAGACUUCUGUGACCAGCUGGUAAAGAAAAAGACUGGUGAGAUCCUUUUGACUGCAAAGGCGUUCAAUGGUAGAGUCAUUGUCAUGUGGCUGAACCAUUGCUUGCUAGAUGCUGUGCAAAGAAACCCUGACCAUCAAAUCCUGGUUCUUACCAGUGUUGCGAUGAGCAAUUUGGCGAAGUUCUUUUCGAUCAUGGAGGUCCAUGGUCGCAAAUUGCAACAUGCCGGCGUUGAGAAGGGAAGUGGGAUGCCAUGGAAUUUUAGCUCAUGGAAUGUCAAAGUCAAACACCAACAUGAGAAUUGUCUAGACUAG